AUGGCUCUCCGUCGUCGAAUUGCGCUCUCAUGUCUCUGUCUCCUCGUCUGCGCCCUCCUCGUCUGCCGAGUAUGGGUCUUCUCCAGCUCCACCGUCUCUUCUACUACCUCCACACUUGCUUCUAGUAGUUCUCGGGCCGAUGUCAAAUCACCCAGCGCCAGCGCGCCACAGGCUCUGCUAGUAGGCAUUGCUCUAGACGCUGCGGGUUCAGCACCUAGCAGCAGCAGCGCGUCUACUUCCGCGUCCGCCUCGCUUUUGAGGCGUCUCAAAAGCAGCGCGUCUUCCCCGUCCGCGUCCGCGUCGCUUUCCUCCUUCGACCCCAACAACAUCUGCAGUCAAGCCGGCGCUUACGCUGACACGAGUGCCGAAGAGGGAUCGGAUCCUGCCGACUUAGGGUUCUCGCACGUCAACGUCAGCGGCGACGGGUGGGAUGGCCCCGCCACGCCAUUCCAGCCCGCGUGCUUCCAAAUCCAAGCUUUUGAUGUGCAAGGCGGGCCAUUCGACCGUGGUUGCAGGCAGCGCGCCUUCUUAGUGGCAAGCAUGCGCCGCGUUGCCACCAACGACGGGGACGAGGCAGCAGAGGCUCAAGUGCAGGCGCCGCGAGUGCAGUACCUGCCCGAGUCCAGCUCGCACCAGGUGUGCUACACGGUGCAGGGCGGUGAUGGGGUGUACGAGGUGGUGGUGGCGCUGCCAUGGACCAACGCCUUCUUGCUGCGCGAGAGCGUCAACCCCAAGCUCGCCUCCGGCUUCUUCAGGUCCAAGGUCGUGGCUCAACGCAACAUCACCGUCGCUGCUGCCAGCGCCCUCCAUGCCUUGGAGAAUGGCACGGAUUCGACUCAAAUGAGCGAGCAGAGCCUGCCGCGGUGCACAUUCAGUCUGCUGCGCGACUCACGACAUGCGGGCUUCUGGCGAGGAGACACGUGGCACCCCACGGCCUGCCGCCUGCCUGCCCCCAUCACGCCCGCACGCAUUGGGCGCUGCCUGCACGGCAAGAGCGUCCUCAUUCUAGGGGACUCGGAGAUGCGGUACCUGUUUGGCCACCUCCAGCUGUUCCUGCACUACCGCACGCGCUGCCGCUACCUCAAGCGCUACCGCCGCCAGCCCAGGGAGGUGCACCGAGUGCGGGUGAGGAACGUGGUGUUCAAGGAGGGCCCGCCACUGGACCCCAGCUCGGGCAUGGCCUUGGCUGUCAACUACAGCACCUUCUGUGGCCGCACCACCUACUGGGGUCACUUCUGGAGCGGCUUCGCCCUGCAGCAGGUGAUCGUGCAUCCAGUGCGGCGCCGCGGCCGUGCGUUCACCUUCAACCUCACCUAUGCCACGCACCUGGAUUCAGAUGCCCCUGUCUUUGACGACUGGCGCUCUGCCCCUAAUCUCACAGGCGGCCCCAUUGUCACUCACUUUGCGCCAUUCGACGUAGUGGCAGUGUCCUUUGGCCUGCAUGACAUCACACGCAAGAGUAAUGCAUCGGAGAUGGCAGAGGCGUUCAGGUCAGUGUUUCUGCCUUCACUCCAGUCAGUUGUUCGCAAUCCGGACGGGGUCACUUUCUUUGGCAUCUGGGCAGCGCAAGAGAAGAAGAAGCCGCAGAGAUAUCUCCAUAAGAGCAACAACGUCAGAGGGUUCACGUUCGAUGACCAUGUAGCCAG